ACGCCGUUGUUAGAAGUAAACAAAAUCGUUUGAACCAAACAUCCUAGAAAAAAAGAAAAUACAGACGAAUUACGGCAAAUUAGGCCUAUCCAGCCUUCAUAGGACGCAUUCUACAUUUGUACUGUGUGAGAGACUGAAAAAUACAUGAAAUAUACUUACAUAGUAUAUCAAAGUUACUUUGAUUUUUCAGAAAACUCUAACAUAGUUUUGUUGUUACAAGUGUUACGAAGGACCGGCCUCGGGAAUGAACAAAAUGGAUUCGGAAGCAGAGUCGUCAGAUGUUGUAAGUGACUCUGUUGAGAAAGCCAGUGGCAGUGUUGGAGAAAGUAACGGAGAAUCGUCAGCAAAGAGGCCCAGAGUAGACGUUAAUUCUUUGCCAACUCGACAGUACCUAGACCAGACUGUAGUGCCGAUCCUCCUGCAGGCAGUUACGCAGCUCAAUAAGGAAAGACCUGGAGAUCCUAUAGAAUGGUUGGCAAACUACCUCCUAAAGAAUAAACCACAGUUUACUAAUGGCAACUCCAACAGCUCGUAGAAAGUACAAAACCAUGUGAUUGAAGUAUUGCAGAGCAGAUGGCGGCCCCUAGUUCAAAAAACAACUACCUAACAUUAAUGCAUUUACUUGGAUACAGUUUUUAGACUCAAUGCUGCCUUACAAAAAAUCCUGAACAAUCGAUAGAGCAAAGAGUAUUAUUGACCCCUUAGGAAAAGUCGUGGUCUGGGCAAUAUGUAUCAUGGGGAAUAUUCUCAUUGCUUGGAUUUUGCCAGGCGACAGAGGUUGAUGGUACUUUCAGGAACAGCUAUUUUAUCCCCUUGAGAAGCCUCACCUAGGACUGCCAUUAGGUUAAUAACUUAUUGUGUGUUUAUAUGUUAAGCUGUUUAGCAGUUUUGUUUAGAAGCCCCUUUCUUCAUUACAUUUGUCACUUACUCUCACUUUUUUUGAAGACCACAAUAGUACAAUGUAAAAUAAGUAUGGCAAUUGUAUAACUGUGCAUGUUUAAGCAAAAACCUGUAUCAGGCACUAGUUAGUACUAUAAAAGCUGUAGUAAUGAUUGCAAGCUGUUUCAAGCAGUUACUUGGUGGAGUUAGAUGAAUAGUCAAAUGAUAUGAACCUUUUGUUUUAUAAAAGCUCAUGGAAAUGGCACUUGAAGUCAUGUUGUCCAAGUAAGUGAGAAGAUAAGAGAUUGAUGUAGUAUUUAGAAAGAUCUUUAAUUUUUCUUUGCAAAGAAAUAAAGUAUUUCAGAAGUUGUGUUUGCAUAUUCAGAAUUAUUUUUAAUUAGUAGCUGUAUUUUGUGCAUUUUAUGUGUAAGAACAAUUGACUAUAAUUUUCCAUACCUCAUAGGUAAAGUAAUGAGUUCCUGUACACAGAGUUGUUUCAUAUUUUAUAUUCAAGAGAAAAUAAAGUUACAUAAAAGAGUUUACAGAUAAAUAUUUUUUUUCACAUUUAACUAAUCUUUUUAGAAGGAAGUGAGGUUUCGUCCUCAAACUAUUACCCAAGAUGUAUGUGUAACUUAUGAAAUGAAACUCCCAAUCUGCUUUUGAACAUAAUUCAGAUGUAAAUGAGUGAUAUUUUAAAAUAUGUAUUAUAUUUGUCUUUUUCCAAUAUUUUAUCUCAUUCUUUUACUUUUGCUGUAUGAUAAACAGUUAGCGAAGAUACAUGGUAGUAAUCUCAAUCAUUUUAACGUUCACAUUACCUGUUAUUUAUCAAUUUGUAAUCAGAUGCAUUAUAGAUGAGAAGUAGGAAUAUAAAAUUUGUGUUACUUAUUGUCCCACCCUGUGUAUGUGGGCAAUUAACUUACUGGCUGCAACAAUAUCAAUGCUUCUCAUAAAUGAAAUACAUUUAUUUAAUGAUUUUUCAGUUAAAUGAUUUUUGUGCUUUAUUCUUAAAAAAGCAUAUAGUAGACAAAGUAUUAUUAUGAUAGCUGAAAUAAUAAACUGCUCAGUUUCUGCAGAAUUACUCUUUCUGCAAGAAGUUGUGUUGUAAAGGAGUUGCACAUACAACAAGGUAAUAUAUGAAAAAGACUUGGGUAUUCAACAUGUACGAUGACAUAAACAAAGUAAUAUAAGUACUCUCAAAAAUCAAAAUGGAUUUUGUUUCUCUUGUUUUUACAUUGCUCAUAAGUUAAUGUGUGUUUAUCAUGUUACUGUACCUGCUCAAAGUGAUAAUAAAUAGUUUUUAC